ACGGCGAGGCGGCCUUUUGUCAGCGCGCACGGCGGGGAGAGCUCUCAUUUCCUCCCCGCCUCCUGCGGGAAAUGGAUUUAAUUCUGGCCGUAGGGCCGUGAGGGGCGCGCGGGAAGGAGAGCCUUUUGUCAAGGAGUGGCAGCUUCCGCGCCGCAGCCCGCACGGAGCGCCCCGCCGUGGGAUCCCGGCCGCUGUGCCUCGCGGGCGGCAGCAUGGGUGGGAAACGCCGCUCUGCACAGUAGCGGGGCGGUCGAUGAGGCGCAUCCCCGGACCCCACGGAAAGCCCCAGCCGACCCGCAGUGGCGCACCGGCGAUGGAGGGGAUGCAGGGCAGGAGUUUCCACCUGGAUGGCUGAGGUUGUGUAGAAGCAGCUGGCAGCCCUGAGAGUGGAGUGCAGGGUGCAGAUCCAGCGCUGAGAGGACAGACCCUUCAAAGAGCCUGGGGUAGCCUCUGGGGUUCUAGGAGCCGAUCGCAGCCCUAACAGGAAAAUGAGUGAAGAGACAGUCCCCGAGGCCGCCUCCCCGCCGCCCCCCCAGGGGCAGCCCUACUUUGACCGCUUCUCUGAGGAGGAUCCGGAGUACCUGCGCCUUCGCAACCGGGCUGCCGACCUGCGGCAGGACUUCAACCUGAUGGAGCAGAAGAAGCGCGUCACCAUGAUCCUGCAGAGCCCCUCUUUCAGGGAGGAGCUGGAAGGCCUUAUCCAGGAGCAGAUGAAGAAGGGCAACAACUCCUCCAACAUCUGGGCCUUGCGGCAGAUUGCGGACUUCAUGGCCAGCACCUCCCACGCAGUCUUCCCAACAUCUUCCAUGAACUUCUCCAUGAUGACACCAAUCAAUGACCUCCACACUGCUGACUCCCUGAACCUGGCCAAGGGAGAGCGGCUCAUGCGAUGCAAGAUCAGCAGUGUCUACCGACUCCUGGACCUCUACGGCUGGGCCCAGUUGAGCGACACCUAUGUCACGUUGAGAGUCAGCAAGGAGCAGGACCACUUCCUGAUAAGCCCUAAGGGAGUUUCCUGCAGUGAAGUCACGGCAUCCAGCCUGAUCAAGGUGAACAUCCUGGGAGAGGUGGUAGAGAAGGGCAGCAGCUGCUUUCCGGUGGACACCACGGGCUUCUGUCUGCACUCAGCCAUCUAUGCAGCCAGGCCAGACGUGCGGUGCGUCAUCCAUCUGCACACACCAGCCACGGCAGCGGUGUCAGCCAUGAAGUGGGGCCUCCUGCCUGUCUCCCACAAUGCCCUGCUGGUGGGGGACAUGGCCUAUUACGACUUCAAUGGGGAAAUGGAGCAGGAAGCCGAUCGUGUCAACCUGCAGAAGUGCCUUGGACCCACCUGCAAGAUCCUGGUGCUAAGAAACCAUGGAGUGGUUGCUCUAGGUGACACCGUAGAGGAGGCAUUUUACAAGGUCUUCCACCUGCAGGCCGCAUGUGAGGUUCAGGUGUCAGCUCUAUCCAGUGCUGGGGGAGUAGAGAACCUCAUUCUCCUGGAGCAGGAGAAGCACCGGCCCCAUGAGGUGGGCUCUGUGCAGUGGGCCGGGAGCACCUUUGGACCCAUGCAGAAGAGCCGGCUAGGCGAGCACGAGUUUGAGGCCCUCAUGAGGAUGCUGGACAACCUGGGAUACAGAACAGGCUACACAUACCGCCACCCCUUUGUCCAGGAGAAAACCAAACACAAAAGUGAGGUAGAGAUCCCAGCCACAGUCACGGCCUUUGUGUUUGAGGAGGAUGGUGCCCCAGUGCCCGCCUUGCGACAGCACGCCCAGAAGCAGCAAAAGGAGAAGACCCGUUGGCUGAACACGCCCAAUACCUACCUGAGGGUCAACGUGGCAGACGAGGUCCAGAGGAGCAUGGGUAGCCCUCGGCCCAAGACCACGUGGAUGAAGGCUGAUGAGGUAGAGAAAUCCAGCAGUGGCAUGCCGAUCCGGAUUGAAAACCCAAACCAAUUUGUGCCUCUCUACACUGACCCUCAAGAAGUGCUGGAAAUGAGGAACAAGAUUCGAGAACAAAACCGACAAGAUGUGAAGUCAGCAGGACCUCAGUCCCAGCUCCUGGCAAGCGUCAUCGCUGAGAAGAGCCGAAGUCCGUCUACAGAGAGCCAGCUGAUGUCCAAGGGUGAUGCGGAUACCAAAGAUGAUUCAGAGGAGACGGUACCCAACCCCUUCAGCCAACUCACUGACCAGGAGCUGGAGGAGUACAAGAAAGAGGUGGAGAGGAAGAAACUAGAACUGGAUGGCGAGAAGGACACUGCCACAGAAGAGCCUGGCUCCCCUGUAAAAUCCGCACCUGCUUCUCCAGCACAGAGUCCAACAAAAACAGAGACGAAGAGCCCCGCAGUCUCUCCUUCCAAGUCCACCGAGGAAGAUGCUGAGAAGACAGAACCAACCAAAGCCACCACCGAGCCUGAGACAGCCCCGCCAGAAGGGGUGGUGGUCAACGGGAAGGAGGAAGAGCAGACGGCAGAGGAAAUCCUCAGCAGAGGCUUGAGCCAGAUGACCACCAACGCUGACACAGAUGUUGAUACCUCCAAGGACAAAACUGAGUCGGUCACCAGCGGCCCCAUGUCCCCAGAGGGCUCACCUUCCAAGUCUCCCUCAAAGAAGAAAAAGAAAUUCCGAACCCCUUCCUUCCUGAAAAAGAGCAAAAAGAAAGAGAAAGUGGAGUCCUGAUUUGUGGUACCCAUGGACUCCCAUCAGCAUCCUCUCCUUCCUCCCUCCCCGUUUCCCAACUCUGUCCCUGGAAGCACGGGGGCAAGGAGGGAAAGAAUAGGAACCUGGAUUACAUUCAGAGGGGGAGCUUAGAGAUCACCCAACCAACCCCUCACUUUACAGUUACCCCAGAGAAAUCAGGUGACUUGCCCAAGGUCACACAGAUAGCGGCGGAGCCUGCACUAGAAUUCAGGUCUGUGGACUCCCAGUCUAGUGCUCUUUCCACUGUACAACACUGCCUAGCUGUGGGCCACCUUUGUUAGGAUGUUGCCCGCCAAUCUGAGCCCAGGGCAAGAAGGUCAGUAAUGGACCAGGAGCUCUCCCAGGCUCAGGCUAAAUCACACAGGUUGAGGCUUCCCCUGAGUAAGGUCCAUCUCUUCCAGGAAUCCCACCUUCUAUGAUGGAGCUAUCUCCACAUUAAGAAAUCUCACUUCUCCUUUCCAUUUUGGGUCCCUGCCCUGCUGCUCAAAGUAACAAGAUAAUUGACCCACCCCCUAUGCUAGAAGUUAAUCUUUAUUCCCAAGGCUGAUGGCUUAGCUUAUGCUUCCCCAAACACUAACCCUGAGCUUUCCUCAUGGAACCUCUUGAAUGAUGGAUGGAAGAGUUGUAAGAGAUGGCUGACAUGAGGGCAACCCGAGUAAGCCUGCUGGCUAGGGAUGGUUUAAUUAACUUAAGAAACCAAGAACUUGAAUGUUUGUAUUGUGCAUCUCAAGCGCUUCAAAACUAAAACCAAAUUUAGCAUAAGAGAAGUUGUCUCAUGCUCAGGGCAGAAAUUUUGGAAAAUUUAAACGCUCUGUUGGCUUUGAGUUGUACAAGGAGGAUCAAAAUAGCACAGGAAAUGCUUUGCUUUUCUAGCUUUGCAUGAUAUAGAACAACACGGCUGUCCCUGCCUCAUUCUUGUCCAGCAGUCAGGUAUCCCCUGACCUUUCCUCAAACCCAGGAGCACUUGCUUGCAGACCAGAACUGGCAUCUUACUCUUGGUAUCUUUACCUUGGCUCCUUUGGAGUUCCAACUCUGAGUCACUCUUGAUCCAACAGAGAAGAAUCAAAAUGAGUUCUUCAGGAUUAAUCCUCCUGCACCAGUGCUCAGAGAAAUGCUGGGGUGUCCCCAGCCCUGUCACUGUCUGUCCAUUCUGGUCCUGGUAAUACCACACCUAUUUUAACUGGCGAUACUUUUCUUUUCACAUUUUUCCAUGGGGCAUUGAUAAAUGAGCAUUGUUGGCUCAUAGAUCAUUGAUUCUCUUUAAAGCAGAGUAUCUUCAGAGAAUAUUCCUUUUUGUCCUGAUUACUGUAAAAAUAUUUUUGAAAAUUCUUAGUCACAGAUUUCCAUUUUUAAGUGCUUACUAUCUGUAGACACUGUGCAGGCUUUAUACACAUUCUAUCUUCAAAUCCGAACAAUGAGCUUGUGAGGUAGAUAAAACUAUGUCUAGUUCAUAUUGAGGAAACUUGACUCCUAAGAGAACUACUGGCUUGGCUUAGAAAGAGCUGGAGUCUGGAUUUGAACCCAGGUCAGUCUGAGUCUUGAGCUCUUGCUUUUAGGUAUGGUGAAUAGACAACUUUUAUCCUCCAGGUGAUUGUUUUAGUCCAUGAACCAAUUCAAAGACUUGUCUCUAGUGCAAGGAGUGGUGUCUCCUGCACUUGGAUAUAGGAAAUUACCUGUGUUCACUCUCAUCAAUGUACCUUAAGCUUCCAGUGAGUGUGGACUGAAGUGAUGCCAGUAUGGACCUUUGACAGAGGACAGCAAGAAACACCAUCCAUCACUGGCUAUUUCUUGAGAAGGAAGGAAACUGACAUGACCAAGGGAAAGCCAAUGCGGAAAACCUAGUGCAGAUUCCUAACUGCUGCCCCAGAGCCCCUCCCUCUGUCCUACUUCCUGGUCGGGUCAUGUCUAAUGAUGGAUGACCCAGGGGCACUGAUGCCUCAGAAAAAUCUGUCCUUAUGGUAAAUGCCUUGAAAAGCCAAUCCUUUGAUGCCUUCUUUAAAAAAGUUAUUUCACAUUUAUUCAUUCAUCCUUUCAUACCAUUAGUUAAGCAUCCACUUUGCAUCACACAUUAGGCUGACACUGGAAAAGCAACCAUUGGAACUAGAAUAAUAAGUGGCAAAUGAUGUUGAGAGAAGGGAGGAAGGAUGUGACCUCUGAUGGAACAUCAUGUGUGAGUGCUUGUUGCUCAGAAAUGAUGUCAGUCAACUCUGUGCUUAACAGGUUCUCUUUAUUCCCUUUAUAACAGUGAGGCUUUGCUUAGGUGAAACUCUUGCAACAUUGCCAGAACAUCAUCCUUGGAAUUUAUGCCAUGAGCCCACCUCAUGUUUACCAAUUUGUUCAUUCCUGUAUACUCAGAAUACCUGCAUGGAGCUUGGGUCAUGGGGCAGGCAGGGGGUGGGACAUGGGGUAAGACAUGAUUCCCGAUGUCAAAAAUUCCAUGAGUAUAGGAGGUCUGUAGACAUAUUUCACAACAGGCAAGGGUGCCAAGGUGGCAUAGGAAAGCAGUGAUUGAUUGUCUUGGGUACCAGAGAAGCCUUUCUGAAAGGAGUGAUGGAUGAGUUAGGUUUUCCAGAACAAAAGAACUAGCAGAGUAUUUCAUAGUGAGGGAAGAAUUCACAAAAGCGUGGAAACAUGCAACUCCAUGGUGUGUUCCACUAGAUGUUAUGGUAUUGCCAGGGUAGAGAGUAUCAGGUAGGGGAUGGUUCUCUUCUCAGGCAGAGCAUAAUGAAUCUUGUAGAAAGUAUAGAGAAGAUAGACUUCAUCGUGUACAGAGUUGGGAACCACAGUCUUGGGUAGAUUUGCACUGUUGAAGAGUCUUUUGUUAGCUGAGUAGGAAAGGGGCUGGAGGUAUGAAAGAUGUGCUGUGGCUUUUCUAACAUGUCAAUACUGACACAGGACUGACAACCUGCCCCAUGCUACAUUGUCCUCUUUAGUAAACAGUGAGUUUCCAGCCCAGGAUUCCUCUCCAUAAAAGUCUUUGUAUAAAGCAUCUUAAGAGACAUUUUCAACAAGAGAGGGAAUUGUUCAAAGUGCUAAUGCUUAGUACACAGUAUCCGGAUUCUGUUUGCUUUGGCGUAGAACUGCUGGGAGGAAGUGUUGGGUCAUUGUAGCGCACUUAGCUCUAGCCUGGAGGGUGUGCACCAAAUGCUACUGAAACACAUCUGCAGGGUGAACAAAACCUUAGGUUAUGGGGGAGAGAGAGAAGAAAGGGCAUUUUCUAUGGCACUGCAUAGAAACUGGCUAAAAAUCUAACAAGCAUCUGAUAAGGAGAAGUUGAAUAUUCAUAAGGUCAGAAUUUAUAGAUAAUGGGCUUAUUCUGAGUCGAACCUCAGUGCUUGGACGCGCACAGAGAAGAGAUAAGAGAAUUUGAAUCAAUCUGCUGCACUGUGAAUGGCCCACAGAGUGGAGGGGUUUCAGAACCUCUUUCCAUGGGCAGGUGGGCAGAAGGAGGGAUGGAGAUGAAGAGGGAUGAAAGAUUUUAGGGAGACAAGCUUGGCUCUGAUGACUUGCAUUAGUAACUGGUAGCCUGUUGUAAUGUUGGAGAACCAUCCACCUCACAUGAUCUUCCCUUCACUGCAAAAGACACUGUGAAACAGACCCAUGCCCCAGUCCAGAGCCUCCCAGCUUGCAUCUGACCCAAGUCACUGUCCUGCUUCAGCCAAGUUGUACACAUGGUAAUGAUGCCCACAAACACUUCGAUAACUAACACGAGGUUCUUCCUCUGUGGACAGCCAAGUUCUUUUCAAAGAACUUGGUAGGGGUAAAUUUGAAUGAGGAGCAGUAGGUUUUUACGGUAAGAACCCCAUUGUAAACCAUUGCCCUGUGCCACCAAACCUCAUAUACUGAGCCUUGAUCCUGUCCCCGUGGGAUAACAAACUCACUCAUGGUAAUGUGGCAGGACAGUUAUUCAGAUACUUGACACUAUUGUAACAAAGGGCCAUUGCUCUUGUCAACAUGGGGGCAAUGCCGUAUAUCCACUUCUUUGGCUGCUGUGGAUUUGAAAGAACCAUUUGCUCAAUGACAUGAUGCACUUCCAAAAGUCUAAAAGAUUAAACAUACGUUUGGACUUUUCCAGGAAGAUGUGCACAAGGAUAGAAAGGCACCUAGCCUAUAUCGUAGCUGGUAACCCAUGUUUGAAUUUUAGGCCCAAGAGUAACCCACUGUUGACUUUGAACAGAUGUGAAAAUAUUUACACCUACUCAUUUUACACACACAGGUCAGCAGGAGCCCUUGGAUGGUCAGCACAUUUGCGUUGACUUGAGGACAGGGGAAACAGGUCUUCUUAUGUCUUUGCUUAUUACCGAGCCCAGCUGAACUCUCAGAGCAUCACAUUCAGAGUCUGAGGAGAAACAAGAAAAUAAAACCAUGAUCUCCAAUCUCACAGAAAAAACAGCACACUCCACAACUCAAAACCUGAAAAGACAUCAUAUGUGUUUCACUCCUGCCUGUCGCAUGGAGGAGCCAUAGUCCCCCAGGAGGCAGGGCGGAGAGUUCAGGUGGGUGUUCUUUAGUGGAGAAGGCACCUGUCAUCAUUUUAUGUAGACAGUUCCAUGGACAAUGUAGGCUUCGUAGGAACACUUAGAAAUAAUCUCCAGGUGGAGAAUGUUCUUAAAAACAUGUAAACAGGGGCUUGCAUUGAUGCAUACUCAGGUGGUAGUAAGUUUUGCAUUGAUGUUUGGUACCACUUUCCUUCAAGGUUUUCCCCAAAGUUGGAUCAUUGCUAUGAGAAAUUGAGGUCUGAAGAUGGAGAAGGAAGAUCAUGAUCAGUGCAGGAGGGAUUGAGGUGCAGCUGGCAAUGGCCUCAGCAUGAGAAGGCACCACUAGUCUUCCUGUGGUCGGGUCCUCAGCUCCUUUCCUAUCUCAGCCCUCUUUCCCAAGGAUCAGGAUGUGCUGGCUGUGCUAGGGUACUUCCCUAGUCUCUAAGAAGAGUAAAGAAGACAUUUCUAGGGCCUACAGGGUAGUGGGAGGAUAGCUAUAGUAUCCCUGUACCCUAAACUCUCUUCCCCACCAGCAAAUCAUCUUGUAUAACUUUCAAAAACCUAAACGCCAGGCAUUUCCUUUUAAAGUGAAUCAGAAAGAGGACAACAGCAGGACCAAGGACAGAGGAGCCACACUUGAAAACAACAUUCCAGUUAUACAGUGGCAAAUAUAUUUUGAGGAGCCCCAUCCCCUCAUUUCAACUCCACCUUUCCUGCUGUAUUGGUGAUUGCUGUAUUGGUUCUGGUCUGCGGGUGACUAUUUGAUGCCCUGGGACUGGUCCACCUUUAAUUCCCGUGAUCUACGACACCCACUGUCCCAGAGUUUGCCUUCUCCAAGGAAGCUGCAAGAUGGGGAGACUAACAGUCCAGAGCCUAGGAUGACCCAGCUGGGGUAUUGGGUAGCAGGAACCCAGUCUAAGUGGAGAAUGCAGUGUUAUCUAAAGCUGUGGAUGGUUUCAGUGAGACGUCUGUGUCUGACAAUCGUCAUGCAAGAGUACUACUUACUGUCUUCCCUUGUACAUACAUUGUCUGUGUUUAGUUUUUCUUAGUAUUGUGAGGUUUUGAAUAGGGGUUCCAUGUAAAUACUCUUUCUGCUACUAAAAUGCCAGCCCCCUGGAUCAUGCACCAUUCCCACAAAUGGUUUUGCCUUUCUCUGUGCUAACACUUUUGAGCCACUGAUGUGCAGAUGGAUGGUUAAUCUCCUGGGCUUUUAUUUUGCAAUUUUAUAUAUAUACACAUAUAUAAUAUAUAUAUUUAUGGGUUGGUUUUGUAUAGUUUUCUGUUUGAAUCUCUGAGCACCAAAGCUGCCCUUUGAUUUUCACAAGAACUUUCCAAAGCCACUUCUUGAGCCCUUUUGCUGCUUUGGUGUCUGACUGUGUUGCUGGGUGGUAUGUCUGCCCGUGGGUUUCUGUAUGUAUGUGCUGUUAUCUCACCUGCAGAAAUUACCCUAGUAAAUCUGACAUGCUUGGC